AUGUUCCAAUAUCUGCCAGACAUCAAUUGGGUGCGCAGCAUCCUUGCCUUGAUGAUUGCCAGUCUUGGUGGUUUGUACUGGUAUACCCGCGUUCCCAGCUCGAUGCCACAGAACAUCCCCACAGUUCCCAUCUACAUCUCCUUGCUUGGUCUUUGGAGUGACAUGGGCCAAGAUGAAAUCUAUGAUUGCUGGCUUCGAGAACCCCUGGAAAGACAUGGCGCGGUGAAGAUUUGGUUCGCCGGGCGAUGGAACGUACUUGCCACGCGGUCGUCGUUUCUGAUUGAUAUGUUUCGACAUGAAGAUGUAUACGCCAAGGCUGGAAGCCAAAAAAAGAUCCCAUGGAGUGUCAUUGCGUCGUUGGUAGGAGACAAUAUUAUCAACAGUCAUGGGGAUACUUGGCGGCUGUAUACGUCUAUCAUGAAACCUGGCCUACAGCGACGAAUUACAGACUCGAGACCUCUGCUGGAGAAGUCUCGGACGUUUGUGGAUAUUCUUUUGGAGGAGCAGAAGGUGCUGGGAAAGACGGUGGGUGUGCUGGUGAAUCCGAUCAUUCAGCGCUGGGCUAUCAGUUGUAUGGGUAUCAGUUUCCUGAAUCUUGAUCUCAAGGUACCGUGUCCAAGUUCCCUGAGUCUUGGGUUUCUCUCUCUCUCUCUCUUUUGCCUUUGGGUUAAUUAUGCAGACAAGCGACUUACUGGGUCAAUGUUGACACUGCGCGAUCAGGCUCUCGAACAUCCGGGUCAACGUCUGGAGGAGCUCCAGAGUAUUAUCAAGAAGACACUCUUCCAGCCUCUCUUCUUCAACUUCCCCGACCUCGACCGCUAUACAAUGAUCUUCCCCCAGCGCAAAGCCGCAUUUCAAAUCAUGCAAGAGUUCAGUGACUUGCUAAAUCAUACGGUACGAAGCCGACCCGGAUAUGGCGAGACCGCCGAUGGCGAACAAGUCAUCGACUAUCUUGACCGCGCUCUCAAGGAAGGUCGAAUCACGGAAGAACAGUACCGCUCCAAUCUCAAAGUCACGUUCCUUACAGCCCAUGAAAAUGCCCAACAACUUCUCAACUCGACCUUUUGGGUUCUUGGCCAGAACCAGACUGUCCAGCAAAGACUCCGCGCAGAAAUCCUUGCCACAGGCCAGACGGAUCCGUCCACAGAACUCGUCAAUUCCCUCCCGUACUUAUUCGCCGUCAUUCUGGAGCUGCUCCGUCUCUAUCCCCCCGUCUCCCAAUUAAUCAAUCGAGUGACUACCUCUUCGGCCGUAUUGGGUGGCAAGAUCUGUAUCCCGAAUCGGACCUGGGUGGGCUGGAAUGCCUUUGGCGUCCAUACCGACCCUAGUAUCUGGGGAUUGGACGCGAGGGAAUUCAACCCUGAUCGAUGGGGCAAGGACGUGAAAAUUAUUCAGAAUGCACUACGCAUCAAGACAACCCAGUGCCACUUUAUUGCAUUCAAUGCACACUCGCGAAGGUGUCUUGGGCAGGGCUUUGCGGUGCUUCAGAUGAAGAUCCUGCUUUUUGAGAUGUUGCGGCGGAUCGAAUGGACGGUCGAUCCAAGCUACAAAUUCAAGUUGACGUCGGUGAGUCAUAUCUGCAGUCUUCUCAGUCCUGGAGACGUGCGAAUCUCGUCGGAGUGA